UGCUGACUUUAUCUACUACCUUUGUAUCAUGUCUGGACGCGGCAAACAGGGUGGCAAAGCUCGCGCCAAGGCCAAGACCCGCUCCUCCCGGGCCGGCCUGCAGUUCCCCGUAGGCCGCGUGCACCGGCUGCUCCGCAAGGGCAACUACUCGGAGCGGGUGGGCGCCGGCGCCCCGGUGUACCUGGCGGCCGUGCUGGAGUACCUGACAGCCGAGAUCCUGGAGCUGGCGGGCAACGCGGCCCGCGACAACAAGAAGACGCGCAUCAUCCCGCGCCACCUGCAGCUGGCCAUCCGCAACGACGAGGAGCUCAACAAGCUGCUGGGCCGCGUCACCAUCGCGCAGGGCGGCGUCCUGCCCAACAUCCAGGCCGUGCUGCUGCCCAAGAAGACUGAGAGCCACCACAAGGCAAAAGGGAAAUAAG